AUGACCGUCGCGAUGGAGAAGGAGAAUAUUCCACCGCAAUCCGCAAAAGCGCGAACACGAGUCUACGGCGGCACACCCCAAUCCACCGAUCGCCUGUUCAAGCCCUUCAAGUGUCCCGGCGCCAAUACACCGUCCCGAGUAUCAGACAAACCCGCGCGCAAGAGACGAAAGGUCGACUAUGGUGGCGCGGAUGCCAGUGAGGAUGCCGACAAGCCUUAUACCAACGAGGAUCGCCUGGCAUUGACAACGCGCGACGUCAAUCGUUUCCCAGUCUUCAAACCGAAAGAUAAAGACACGGCAUUCAGGUCACGAUUCUCGGUGCCGCUGAAGAACAAAGACUUGACAUCAUACAAUGCUGUCAGACCACCUCCUUUGCUAGGUCUACGACAAGGAGCUGUCUUCAUUGCAAAACCACUGCAUGAUCCCAGCGGAGAGUUCGCCAUCGUCCUGUUCGACCCUACGGUUGAUGGAAAGCCGGAACCUAAGGCAAUCGAAGAUGGCGAAGACAAGAAGGACGAAGGGGUGGAGAAAGAACAGCAGAAGCUAGAUGAGCCUUUGAUGCACAAGAGCCUUGCGGACAUCCUCGGCAUCAAGAAGAAAGUCGACGGUGAGCGGCCCAAAGUGCCCGUCGUCAUUGAUCCAAGACUGGCACAAAAGCUUCGCCCGCAUCAAGUUGAGGGGGUGAAGUUCUUGUACAAAUGUACGACGGGUCUCAUCGAUCCCACUGCAGAGGGCUGCAUCAUGGCUGAUGAAAUGGGUCUCGGCAAAACGCUGCAGUGCAUUACUUUGAUGUGGACACUUCUGAAGCAGGCCCCCGAGGCUGGAAAGAGCACGAUCCAAAAAUGCAUUGUUGCAUGUCCAUCUAGUCUGGUACGCAAUUGGGCCAACGAACUUGUCAAAUGGCUGGGCCCGGAUGCAAUCACUCCUUUCGCAGUCGACGGCAAAGCUUCGAAAGAGGAACUCACCCAGCAAAUGCGCGGAUGGGCUUCCGCUACUGGCCGUGCUGUCACCCGACCGGUGCUGAUCAUUUCUUACGAGACCCUGCGAUUGUACGUCGACGAGCUGCGUAACGCACCGAUAGGUCUCAUGCUGUGCGAUGAGGGCCACCGUCUCAAGAAUGGUGAAAGUCAGACCUUUGAGGCUCUCAAUGGCCUCAACGUACGCAAACGUGUUAUUCUGUCCGGCACUCCCAUUCAGAAUGAUCUGUCAGAAUACUUUGCCUUACUAAACUUCGCCAACCCAGGCUACCUCGGAACCCGGCAAGACUUCCGCAAGCAAUUUGAAAUACCCAUUCUCCGUGGACGCGAUGCAGACGGGACCGAUGCCGACCGACAAAAGGGCGACGAGCGUCUCAAGGACCUGCUCACACUCGUCAACAAAUUUAUCAUUCGACGCACAAACGACAUUCUUUCCAAAUACCUGCCGGUCAAGUAUGAACAUGUCGUCUUUUGCAACCUUGCACCAUUCCAGCUGGACCUGUACAAUUACUUCAUCAAAUCUCCAGAGAUCCAAAGCUUGCUCCGUGGCAAAGGUAGCCAACCGCUGAAAGCCAUCGGCCUGCUGAAGAAGCUUUGCAAUCAUCCAGACUUGCUUAAUCUCCCGUACGAUCUUCCCGGAUGUGAGGAGCACUUUCCCGAGGACUACGUACCGAAAGACUCACGAGGUCGGGAUCGUGAUGUCAAACCCUGGUACUCUGGCAAGAUGCAGGUGCUAGAUCGCAUGUUAGCCCGCAUCCGCCAGGAUACCAACGACAAGAUUGUGUUGAUUUCCAACUAUACUCAAACGUUGGAUGUUUUUGAGAAGUUGUGCCGCAACCGCAGCUAUGGAUGUCUCCGCCUUGACGGCACUAUGAACGUCAACAAACGACAGAAGCUUGUCGAUAAAUUUAACGAACCUGAGGGCGCAGAGUUCGUCUUCCUCUUGUCAUCCAAGGCUGGUGGCUGCGGCCUGAACCUCAUAGGCGCCAAUCGAUUGGUGCUUUUCGACCCUGACUGGAACCCAGCGGCGGAUCAGCAGGCUCUCGCUCGUGUGUGGCGUGACGGACAGAAGAAAGACUGUUUUGUUUACCGCUUCAUCGCCACGGGCACCAUCGAGGAGAAGAUUUUCCAGCGACAAUCGCACAAACAAUCGCUCUCAUCCUGCGUCGUUGACUCUGCCGAAGACGUCGAACGCCACUUCAGUCUGGACUCUCUCCGCGAGCUUUUCCAGUACCGUCCCGGAACCACCAGCGACUCCCACGACACUUUCAAAUGCAAGCGUUGUAAGGAUGGCAGACAGUUCAUCAAGGCGCCGGCGAUGCUGUAUGGAGAUACGAGCAGUUGGAAUCACUUUACUAAUGAGGGCGAGGCGGGACCUAUGGCUCGGAUCCAGGAUCUCUUGUUGCGACAGGAGUGCUCGGAGAGGGAUGUCAGCGCUGUAUUUCAGUAUAUCAGUCAUUGA